AUGCAACCAGAUGCUGCUGCAACAUACCAGCCAUAUCAACAGUACUUCCAGCUGGCUCUACUCAUGUGCUGCCAGAGCAGGCAUGUGGCCGACACCACGGAGGUGUACUGCAUUGACAAAUUCAAGGCCUGGGACCUCACUGCUCUGCAACAUCAUGCAUGGCGCAUCACGUGCAUGUCCAGCACUGCAUGCACGCCUCGCUGUCAGCAGCACCCGCGUGAUACGGAUCAAGAUCAACACGUAAUUACGGGCAGCAUCUGCAUCGUUAUGCGCGUGCUCACGGUGCCCACGGAACUUGCAUAG